AUGGAGAACUACGAGAUACAGAGCAUGAUUGGCGAAGGGACCUACGGUGCUGUCUACAAGGCGCUGAAUCGCUCGACCGGCGAGAUCGUGGCCUUGAAGAGCGUGAAGCACAUUCCUGGGAUGGAGGGCUUGCCGUGGACUGCCAUCAGGGAGAUAUCGCUGCUCAGGGAGCUGAAGCACCCCAACAUAGUCGCGCUGCAGGACGUCGUGAUGUCGGACAGCAGCAUAUGCUUGAUACUCGAGCACCACCCCAUGAGCUUGCGGCAGUACAUCGAUCUGCUGCCUGAGAGCGAAGUGAUGGACCUUCAGCUGGUCAACAGCUACCUGUUCCAGAUGACCAGCGCCAUACUCUACUGCCAUCGGCGACGCGUGAUGCACCGGGAUCUGUCGCCGCAGAACAUGCUGAUCGAUGCGAAGGGCCACAUCAAGUUGGCCGACUUUGGCAUGGGCUGUUGCUUCCAGCUGCCCAUGCGCGCGCUCACCCACGAGGUGGUCACGCUCUGGUACCGGCCGCCCGAGAUCCUUAUGGGCUGCCCGAUAUACGCCUGCCCCGUGGACAUCUGGUCCAUUGGCUGCAUCUUCUUCGAGAUGAUCACGAAGAGGCCCCUGUUUCGCGGCGACUCGGAGAUAAAUCAGCUCUUUUGCAUAUUCCGCUUGCUGGGCACCCCCACCGAGGAGUCCUGGCCGGGCGUAUCCGCACUGCCCGACUACCAGAGCACCUUUCCCGAGUGGACAGGCAAUCAGUUAGGCCAGCUGAUGACAGACCUGGACUUCUACCAUCCCGCUGUCGACCUGCUGGCCAAGAUAAUCGUCUAUCAGCCAGGGAAGCGCUUGUCCGCUGAGCAAAUCCUAGAGCAUGCGUACUUCAAGGAAGCGCCAGCGUCUUGGACUGCCUGA